GUGAUUGGUAAACAUCUUAAGGGGACACUCGUGAAAGAAGAAGAAAGAAAUAUAAGAAGAAUCACUUGACAUAUUAAGAGAAAGAAAAAGAAAAAAAUAAUAAAGAAAAAAAUAAAUAAAUAAAGAAAAAAAAGUCUUAGCAGAAAGCUCAAUUUGUGAAGCUGAACGAUUAUUGAAAAAGUAAAACGUGCAAAAAGUGAGAGUCACACGCGUUCACGAUAUUAAAAGUAGUGCUGCACAUUAUCUUGUUUAACAUCGAAGUCAGUCAGUGACCAUGUCUGUGGGGGAAUGGUUUAGCAAUCAUGAGAUCAUUCUGACAGGAGUGACCAGCGAUUUAGGACGAGCCUUGCUAGAAAAACUACUCCGAGCUUUUCCAAAUGUUAAAAUUAAUGCUGUGCUGCGAUCUCGAAAUGGUCUCAACAAGGACGACAGAAUGAAGAGUAUUUUGUCAUCACCUGGGUACGAGAGAUUGCGACAAGAGGAUCCAAGCGCGAUAACUCGAGUUAAAGGAUUGGAGGGAAAUUUACUGUACGAGGAUAUCGGUCUCAGCGAUGACGAUGUUUCAAGGUUAAAAAACGUCGCAGUUCUAUUUCAUCCGGCAGGUCCCGACGGAGAAGUCCUCGAGUUUUGCCAACGUUUGCCCAACUUGCGGGCGAUCGUUUCUGUAUCGUCGUUGUUCAAACAAAAAGGAUCAAUUAUGGAAACACAUCAGAAUGGAAAAAACUCCGAUGUACCGUUGGUGGUUCUGAGAGUCCCAUUUUUAGGCCCCGCUUACAAGGAACCGAUUCCAGGAUUCGUCCAAGUUUUGAAAGGACCAACAGCACUUAUGAUUGGCGCAGGUUAUGCCUAUGGAAAAUCGGAUCUUCCGGCUGAAGUUUUUCCGAUUGAUCUCGUUGUAAACACGAUGAUCGUUGCUGCCUGGGAGAGAGGACUUAGAAGUCGGUCGGACGAGCCAACGGUGUACAAUGCUUUGAGUCUCGGUUGCACCUGGGCCGAACUGAUCGAAAAGGGCAACCUGGCAAAUCGUAAAUUCUCCUAUCCGACAUUCGGGGUUAGGGGUAUGACUUCGGUAGGUUUUUUGCAUUGGAUAGUCGUCUUGUUCAUGGAAUGGAUGCCCUCGGCUGCUUGUGACGCGAUUCUUUCGGUUUUCGGUGCAAAACCAAGAUGCGUGGCCGAACACGAAAAAGUACGUAAAGCUCUGGGAUCGCUUGAGCCAAUCGCUUCGAGAUCGUGGUCCGUCGAGAGGAAACGUAUUUACCAGCUGCAAGAACGCCUGACACUCCAAGAUAAAGACGCGUACCCUAUUUCUUCCGAAAUCGAUCUCGAAUCUUACGCUCUUUGCGCAGCGGCAUCGGCGCGAAAAUAUUGCGUCAACGAAGACAGUAUAAAAAUAGUGAAAAAUUUCAAACUUUUGUUCGUCGCUCUCUUUGUCAUUCUGGUACUGUACUAUUUUUUCAAGUAAAACGAGAUUGUGCUUCUGUCUACGUUAGCUCAGCUCUUUUAUUGAAAAGUGUAAUGAUUAAGGCUGUAAAUAAUGUUGGGGAUCGAACGUAUAAAUUGUUUUCGUUUUCAUUCUUCAAUUAACUCUCGGCCACGACAUGGAACUCCGAGUCUAGCGUCAAUCGUUUAUGUUCGCAAAUAAAUGUUGAUUUUUCACAUUUUAUUGGAAAAUAGUCGUUAAGUCAAUUAAAGUAGGAUGGACCCAAUUAAAACGAAUCUUUGAACCUGAUCGUCGGUCAUUAAUAAUUGCCGGCGAAAUGCCGGGCUAAUCAAUUUCUCGUUUCUACAGCGCCGCAUUUUUAUUUCUCUUUUUCGUUGUUUUAUUGAGACUCGAUAAAAGAGAAAGGUAGGUCGAAACAGUGGCCAGUCUGUUGCCUCUCUCGUUCGAUUAACUGUGCACACAAUACAGAGAACGACUUUCUCCGGUGCAAAGAUGGCUUAUGAAAUUCGCAAUACAUCUUCUCCGUAUGUACCGAAGCGGAAAAAUGUUGGGAGCUUUGUUUUUUUUUUCGAAACAGAUGGAAAAUACGACACAAAUUGGUAAAGUUUAGCCACAACAAGAAGAAAACAAAAGGUCCAUAUAUUCGUAGAAAAGCCCAUCUCACCUGGAAACUUUUUAAAGCGUGUAGGUCGUGGGAUGUGUGAUGUGUGAAGGACGCAAAAAAAGGACUGAAAUAAACGAGUGUUUUAUAGCACGGAAAUUGCGCGAGAUCGAACAUUAAAUGUCGCGCGAUUGGAUGAGCGGAACUCAUAAACUCGAUAACAUUGAACUAAUUAGAAUUAAUCUACCGAUUCGCACUUUGUGAUCACUGUUAUAAAAUUUUUAAUUGAGCCAUUACGCCGGGAGCUUGACAUUCGAAAAACAAUCGUCCUCGAUCACUUAUAAUGAAGGAAUAAAAUGUAAAUAUGAAAUGCCAUGAAAGCUACUGUGCGCGGAAUCCCAUAAUUUUUUAGGUAAUUUUCCAUUCGACUAUUUCAAAUUUAUUGAAUGUUCGUUAUUUAUCGUUGUAAUAGGGAAAAUUGUACAAUAAAAAGGAAACGAAUUUCGGUUCUCCAUACAAAGUGAAUUUAGUGUUUAGUAGAAUUACUCAGUUUGAGGUUUGAAAAAUUUGAUCCACUCUACUACGACAUUUCAUGAUUUGUGCAUGUUUUGAAUAAUUAUUAAUAAAUAUUUUCACUACAUUUUCAUGAA